CAAAAAUGGUGGAUAAUAAAAUGUUAUAAAUUUUAGUUCCCAAUUAGGCUGGUUUUUCCAAAGCAGUUUACAGACAUAUACAAUUCCAGACGUUCUUACACUCGUUGGGUUCGGAAGAUUACUCUUCCUGACUGACUGCUCUGCCUCUGUUAAUCCUUCCUUUACUAUACUCGUGGGAAGAAUUAUUGCAAUUUUACAUAACAUAGUUUUUCAUAAUUCCAAUUUAUUUAUUUUUGCCCUCAAUUUGACCAUAGCCUGCACAAAAAUGGAAAAUUCUACCUUCGACAGGAUACUGCAGAUUAUACGAAAUUCAAGCACACAGCUCACUAUCCGGGUAUCGAGGCUAAUCGCUCUCCUUUCCUUAAAUAAGUCUGCCACUUCUAUAGGUGCAUUUGCAGGGCUUGCUCUUGCUAUUGUGUUUACGUGGAGAUCCCUGAAAGCUCCAAGGAGGUACCAUAGAAGAACAAAUAAACGGACAAGUACUAGGGGGAUUGAUCAUACCUCACAAGUAGAUAGAGAUUCGAUUUCUUCUUCAGGUUAUUCUGGUGGCAAAUCUAGUUUCAAAAGGCAGAAUGUGUCUCCUAAACAGUUGACCAUGGUCCAAGUUGUAAGGCAAAAAUUGAAGGGUGCAAGGAAGGUUACUUGCAAUAUGCUUGGUGUGGUUUUGGAGGAGCUAAGUUCAAUAGACCUGCAGGCACAUGCAAUUGUAAGGCCUUCGGUUGUGGAUUUUCUCUUCGAGAUUGCCAAAGCCUGUGAUCUUUAUCUCAUUGUCAGGGUUCUUGAUGAUGAAAGCGAGGAAAGGGUUCUUUCAGCUUUGGAUUCUGUGGGAUUGUUUACAACUGCAGGCUUGAACAGGAACAAGGUUCUUUUCUGCAGCACAGAGGCUGGAAGAUCAUCUUUUGUGCGACAACUUGAACCUGAUUGGCAUAUUGACACAAAUGCUGAGAUAAUAUCUCAAUUAGCGAGAUAUAUACCAUACCAACUUCAUAUCACAUCUGCUCUCUCAGGGCAUAUUGCCUCUAAUGUGUUCAAUUCUGAUACUUUGGAGCAUUACUUUGGGUGCCUUGAACCAAGAUGACAGUCUCGUCACAUUUUUGUGUUUUAAAUGAGGGAAGUUUAUAAAAUAUAGAAGCACUUACGUUAAAGAGUACCAAGAAGUGUACAUGACUAGUAUCCAUGAUAUUUUUUCAUGCAAAUUCUGCAGGCUUUGCUAUGCAGGUUUUCUUUUCCUAAAGCGAAGGUGUUCUUGCCAUUAAGGAGUAAAAUUAAUAGAUGAUUGGUACAUGUAAACUUUAACAUGCGUCUUUUGUAAUAUAAUUAAAAGGAAAUGUAAUUGCAUGUUGCUUGGAUUUUGAAGUGACAUGAUUUUGAUUUUCCCAUUAUGACAGCCAUGCUAUUGUUUUCUUGAAGCUCAUACUUGAUGAAUAUGAAUUUGUGCAUAGAGUCU